AGGUGCACAGAGAGAGCCUCGAGUCUUAGACCCUUGGCCCCUACCCUAGCUUAGAGUAGCCACGGAGAGGUUAACUCUUCCGCUGGACUCCCUGCUGCGCUGGGGAUGCGUGGUAGUGGGCACUCUUAGGUUGGGGGACGGUGAGACCAGGGUUCCUGAAGCUCCAGGAAUGAAAAGGAGAUCGGAUUUUCCCGGCGCUGGUUUUCGAAUUUCGGGCUUAAGUUCUUUUUACCUGCUUGAGGACACUAGGUUACUAGCGUCUGCUGCGGACGCAAAGCCUACGGGGACUCCCUAGUGUCUCCGCCCCUAAGACCAUUCCGGAACCACCCACGCACCUCCCUCCCCAUUACCGGCCAACCCCUCUGUCCUCCCACGGCUAGGGUCUCAGCCCUUAACCGCUCCAUCACGGAGGACUGGUCACCUCGGCACACGUUGAGCUGGGAGACCUAGAGGUUGGGAGCGAAACGGAGGGGCGGGGACCUGCGCCCGACCGGCUGGCGGGGAGGGGGGAGUGGCGGGGGCGGAGGCCCCCUCCGGGCGGCGCUGGGACUGUAGCAGCUAGAGGCCUGGAGGGGAGGGGAGAAUGACCAUGAGUCUGAGUGACAGGCGGCGAGUAGAGGAGCCAAUGUAUAUAAGGAAGGCUCCCAAGCGCACAGGUUUCAGUAGCGGCGCUGCGCGCAGGCCGGGAACUCGAGGCCAAGAGCCGCAGCCCCAGCCACCUCGGUGCAGCGUACCCCGGCACUAGCCCGCUUGCAGCCUCAGGAUUAGCCCGAAGACGCGUCCUCCGCGCGGCCGGCCGCUGCCCAGCCGCCUUCACCUGGAUUACCUACCGCGGCAGCUGCAGCAGAGCUAGCAAGGCCAGUGGGGAGCAGCGUCCUGAGAGGAGCGCGUCUUUUCUGGGACCCCCGCGGCUGGCUGACGCGCAGGAAAGCGACUUCGCUAACAGAGCCAGAUUCAGGGCCCGAGAGAGCGACGCCCCAGGGGAUGGCGGCAGCUUCCCGGAGCGCCUCUGGCUGGGCGCUACUGCUGCUGGUGGCACUUUGGCAGCAGCGCGCGGCGGGCUCAGGCGUCUUCCAGUUGCAGCUGCAGGAGUUCGUCAACGAGCGCGGCGUACUGGCCAGUGGGCGGCCGUGUGAGCCUGGCUGCCGGACUUUCUUCCGCGUCUGCCUUAAGCACUUCCAGGCAGUCGUCUCGCCCGGACCCUGCACCUUCGGGAGCGUCUCGACGCCGGUUUUGGGCACCAACUCCUUCGCUGUCCGGGACGACAGUAGCGGCGGGGGGCGCAACCCUCUCCAACUGCCCUUCAACUUCACCUGGCCGGGUACCUUCUCACUCAUCAUCGAAGCUUGGCACGCGCCAGGAGACGACCUGCGGCCAGAGGCCUUGCCAUCAGAUGCACUCAUCAGCAAGAUUGCCAUCCAGGGCUCCCUAGCUGUGGGUCAGAACUGGUUACUGGAUGAGCAAACCAGCACCCUCACAAGGCUGCGCUACUCUUACCGGGUCAUCUGCAGUGACAACUACUAUGGAGACAACUGCUCCCGCCUGUGCAAGAAGCGCAAUGACCACUUCGGCCACUACGUGUGCCAGCCAGAUGGCAACUUGUCCUGCCUGCCUGGUUGGACUGGGGAAUACUGCCAGCAGCCUAUCUGUCUUUCGGGCUGUCAUGAACAGAACGGCUACUGCAGCAAGCCAGCAGAGUGCCUCUGCCGGCCAGGCUGGCAGGGCCGCCUCUGCAAUGAAUGCAUCCCCCACAAUGGCUGUCGCCAUGGCACCUGCAGCAUUCCCUGGCAGUGCACUUGUAAUGAGGGCUGGGGAGGCCUGUUUUGUGACCAAGAUCUCAACUACUGCACCCACCACUCUCCGUGCAAGAAUGGGGCAACGUGCUCCAACAGUGGGCAGCGAAGCUACACCUGCAGCUGUCGCCCAGGCUACACCGGUGUGGACUGUGAGCUGGAGCUCAGCGAGUGUGACAGCAACCCCUGUCGCAACGGAGGCAGCUGUAAGGACCAGGAGGAUGGCUACCACUGCCUGUGUCCCCCAGGCUACUAUGGCGUGCAUUGUGAACAUAGCACCUUGAGCUGCGCCGACUCCCCCUGCUUCAAUGGGGGCUCCUGCCGGGAGCGCAACCAGGGGGCCAGCUAUGCUUGUGAAUGCCCCCCGACCUUCACUGGCUCCAACUGUGAGAAGAAAGUGGACAGGUGCACCAGCAACCCCUGUGCCAACGGAGGCCAGUGCCUGAACCGAGGUCCAAGCCGCAUGUGCCGCUGCCGUCCUGGAUUCACGGGCACCUACUGUGAACGCCACAUGAGUGACUGUGCCCGUAACCCUUGUGCCCAUGGUGGCACUUGCCAUGACCUGGAAAAUGGGUUCAUGUGCACCUGCCCUGCCGGCUUCUCUGGCCGGCGCUGUGAGGUGCCGACAUCCAGCGAUGCCUGUGCCUCGAGUCCCUGCCUCAACAGGGCCACCUGCUACACUGACCUCUCUACAGACACCUUCGUGUGCAACUGCCCCUAUGGCUUUGUGGGCAGCCACUGCGAGUUCCCUGUGGGCUUGCCGCCCAGCUUCCCCUGGGUGGCCGUCUCCCUGGGCGUGGGGCUGGCGGUGCUGCUGGUGCUGCUGGGCAUGGUGGCAGUGGCUGUGCGGCAGCUGCGGCUUCGACGGCCAGACGACGGCAGCAGGGAGGCCAUGAACAACUUGUCGGACUUUCAGAAGGACAAUCUGAUUCCUGCCGCCCAGCUUAAAAACACAAACCAGAAGAAGGAGCUGGAAGUGGACUGUGGCCUGGACAAGUCCAACUGUGGCAAACAGCAAAACCACACACUGGACUAUAAUCUGGCCCCAGGGCCGCCGGGGCGGGGGACGAUGCCAGGAAAGUUUCCCCACAGUGACAAGAGCUUAGGGGAGAAGGCGCCACUGCGGUUACACAGUGAAAAGCCAGAGUGUCGGAUAUCAGCAAUAUGCUCCCCCAGGGACUCCAUGUACCAGUCCGUGUGUUUGAUAUCAGAGGAGAGGAACGAAUGUGUCAUUGCCACGGAGGUAUAAGGCAGGAGCCUACCUGGACAUCCCUGCUUGGCCCUGCGGCUGAACCUUCCUUCUGCAUUGUUUACAUUGCAUCCUGGAUGGGACGUUUUUCAUAUGCAACGUGCUGCUCUCAGGAGGAGGAGGGAAUGGCAGGAACCAGACAGACUGUGAACUUGCCAAGAGAUGCAAUACCCUUCCACACCUUUGGGUGUCUGUCUGGCAUCAGAUUGGCAGCUGCACCAGCCAAGGGAACAGAGGAAAAGAGAGGUGCCACUGGGACCUGCCCUGCCAGCAGUGGCCUUCAGGGGGCUCCUUCUGGGGCUCCGGCCUGUUUUCCAGAGAGUGGCAGUAGCCCCAUGGGGCCUGGAGCUGCUGUGGCCUCCACUGGCAGCUGUUUCCAAAAGUGCCUUUGGCCCAGGCUCCAUGGUGACAGUUGGGCCCAAAUCAGAAAGGAGAGAGGGGGCCAGUGAGGACAAGACCUCCUGUGGGCUGGAAAACCACUGGGUGUGUCUCUUGGCGGGGUUUGCCCCAAGAUGAGGGGAGUAUUCAAGGGAGAGGAGUGCUUUCUGCCCCAUGCCUCCAGCCACUGCAUGUGGGCCUGGCUCUCUGGUCUAGGCCCUUUGGGCAAGAAUGUCGGUCUACCUGGCUUCCACCACCCUCUGGCCCUGGGCACCUGGGGGCUCCUGUGAGCAGACAGGCAGAGGGUCUGCCUUUCCCACCAGCCAAGAGUUCCAGGCCUAACUGGGGUACUCGGGGCAGUCUGUUGGAAAUUCCAUUGAGGGGGAUAUCAGGUGCUGAGGCUGCCUGGACCCUUUCCUCCAUCAACCCCAUCUCCACAACCUCAAGCCUGGGCUCUGCCCAUGCCCACUAUUGCCCCAGACCACCCUCAAAGCUGGUCUUCAGAAAUCAAUAAUAUGAGUUUUUAUUUUGUUUUUUUUUUUUUUUUUAGUUUAUUUUGGAGUCUAGUAUUUCAGUAAUUUAAGAAUCAGAAGCACUGACCUUUCUACAUUUUAUAACAUUAUUUUGUAUAUAAUGUGUAUUUAUAAUAUGGAACAGAAGUGUACAGGAGUUUAUUA